AUGGUGACUAUUCAAGCCACUAUUGCACCAGGAAACUUAGUUCGUGGCAUCUACUGUCAAGCCCAUUGUUUGGUUUUCCUGUUGUAAGCAAAUGUCGGCUGAUUUCCAAACUUGGCCGUAGAAUCUCCGUGGUUCUUCUAGCUGCCCGAAAAAGUAGUUUCCCGCAAGCGUGGCGAUUCAAAAGCGUGACAAUUACUUAUUAUUUUCCGACAAACUGAAAGCCAAUUUGAGCGUUCUUUUCAGAUAUGAUUAUAAAAUGCUAGCCACGCUUUAUCGCCACAGCCAGCUGUUGUUUGUAAAUAUUGGAUUCGCGUUACUCUGUACAUCUUCAUUCGCUCUGGACGCAGAAAAAGAGGUUUUUUAUAAUGUCGGCGAUCUCAUAAUUGAAUGCCCUGAAGGUUGGUUGGCAUAACAUUUAUAAUAUCAAAAACGACCUUGAUAAUUGGAAUUUUCAGAUUACUUCCCUGUCGGCACUUAUUGCUUUAAGAUUACCAAUGCCAGCUUCGAUUUCCCGGCUGCCAAGCGUUAUUGUGAGCUGAAUUAGUAAGUGGGGAAUACGAGUUGGUUCCAGUUGAUUCGCCGUUCUUUUUUAAUUGGCUAUCAGUCCGUCGGAAAAGCAUGGUCUUUUUUAAUGAAACUUGAAACAAAUUCAGAAUAUUUUUUUCUGAGACAUAUGCGCGAAUCCUAGCUCGCGCUUUGCAGAAACAACCGAAAUUUUAGGUCUAAAGUUAGCGAAAAUUUGUCAAUUUUUGCCGAACUUCGGCACGAAGAGUUUUGUGCCUAUUUGUACCAUAGAGGGUAAUGUUUCCACAGAAUAUCAAUGUUUUCCGCGCAAAACUAGCAAAGUUAUGGCCAAAAAGCGCAUUUCUCUCUGACCGCUCUCCACGUUUAGCGUGCUCUCUCGACGGCAAAAAUUGUUUAAUAUCUCGGUGGCGCCUGCAAAGCGCGAGCUAAAACUUUCAGGAAAUGAUACUUAGUUCGUGACCGACGUGUGUGCAGAAUUUAAAGAAAAUCUGAGCGUCGCACUUGGGGUACUUCCCUUGUUAGUGGAGAGAUAUUAAUGUCUGCAAUUCCUUCAAAAUUAUCACGUUUUGUUCCAAAAUUUUAUCUCCCUCGGUUCCGUUUCGACCGGAAACAAUAAUUGGCUCUUAUCUCAACUAGACUGCAUUUUCCGGAAAAGCAAAGGCAAGAGCGCCGGAAGCUUUGCUGACCAAAAGUGAUAAAGCCAUAACGGACGGCUUUAUCGGCUAUUCUUCCUGGUGCUACAGUGGCGGACCUGAUCCAGUGGCAAAAACCGUACCAUGUUGCAUGGGAAGUAUCAAAAAUGUGGCAAAAUGUUUCCCUCUCCAAGUGAAAAAACUACGAUUUUAAAAGCUCUUUUUGUGAGGGAAAUGGCGUUCCUUUCAAAACAAAGUUUUUUCACUUGAAGAGUGAAGCAUUUUGCUACAUUUUUUAUCCUUCCCGGAUGUAAAAUGGUACGUUUUUUGCCACUGGAUCAGGUCCCCACUGUAACAGGAAAAGUUUGCCAAAUUCAACCUCAGCUUUUUUUUGAUGUUACCCACACUUUUUUCCGAAGUCGAAGUACUUGUAAAAAGCAGCGAAAUUAAAGCCACUUCCCACACGACAAACAUGACAAUUUCAGUCAACGAACAAACUCUUUAUACAACCUCUCCAAUUGGUACUUGUCCCGUCAACUUGCCGAUAAUCUCUUUGAAAAAACCAAAAUCAAAACGCUUUGGACAUCAUGGCAAAUCACCAUCGACAAACCAAAUUUUAUGGACGAUAUUGAAAAUGUUUACGUCAUAAGCAAUUCGAGUGCCAACGGCCGAUCACGCCUUUUGAAUCCGGACUGGGCCAGUCUUCAGCCGAAGCUGCCAAAAAUGCGAGGAUUCAAAGGCGGGACCUUGUGUGUGGCGUUUAACAUCGACUUCACUGAUCCGUUGAAUUACGGCUGGAGUCUGGAGGACUGUAGCCAAGAAAGAUACCCGGCACUUUGUCAAACAUUUGGCUGUUUGAACAGUAAGUUGGUUGGAGGGGAAGGGCUGGUAGCAACGAUCAAACGUCUGCACAAAAAACUGCGGCAGCCCGAAAAAGUAGUUUUUUAUAGAGAGGUGUUGUUGCACAAAAAUUUGUUGUACAUUCACUCUAUUGUACAGGGUGGGCCACUUGAAACUUCCAACCUCCUUUCAGGUAUUUCUCCGCCAAUAAUGCACCAAUUUCUAUAAAAUUUAUAUCAAAUUAAAGCUGAGACACCCCAUUUCUUGACCACCAAAUAUGGCCCGUCUAAGUUCACUUGAGGGUAGUAGUGAGAGCUAGAAAUAUUGCAGCUAUAUCCUAUUUUGGAUAAUGUAGGAAAACGCCCAAACGCGACACUGAGCUUUUUUUUUGGCCCUCGUGGGCAUGUAUGGCCUGGAAUACGGUUCAUUUCUUGAAGGUUUUACAGUGUAUCUUGUAAGAUAAAAUGAGAUAUUCAACGAUUUUUGCAUCCGAAAAAGUACAGGUAACACGGAGAGCGGUCAGAGAAAAUUGGCCGCAUUUUUGCGAAUUUUUCCUGGAAAAAUUUUUUGAAAAAUAAAGCUGAUCGUGAAGUUUUUUUCACGGUUAAAUUUUCAAAAAAGUGUUGGUUUUAGUUAACUUUCAGACUAAAAAUCUUGGUCGUCUAUGCAAAACGAAAGCUGGAAAUCUCAUACUUUUUUACAAGAUAACUUUUCAGUGAAGGACCAAAACCUGACCCAAUUCCGUUGCAAAGACGAUACCAAAUGCAUCUCCAUGACGCAGCGAUGUGAUCAAAGGCAGGACUGUUGGGAUGGCAGCGAUGAGGAGGGCUGUACAAAGAAGUUCGAAAAAGAAACCGUAAAUUGUGAAGACUUUCACACGCAAGAAGACAAUUUUGGGACGAUACAAGUCGGGAGAUUUGCAAGUUCAGCCGCCAAAAAUUGCGUUUGGCAUAUUCGUUUCAAAGAUGCGGACAGAAUACGGGUUAAUGUGAGUUUUCAAACAUGUCGGCAUGUCAGUAAACAUGUGAAGAAAAAAAUUGGUUCAAAAGAAAAAAAUAUCUGAAUAUUUUUUUAUUUUUUAGUUGAUGCUGUCAAGAAAGAGAAAGACAGGAUACAUUUCGAUAAAAGAUGCGGAAAGCGAGCUGGAGGAGAGGCUGAAUUCAAAGAAAAAUUCGAUUGAAGUCCCACCAGACGUCUUCAUUCGCUACAAUGAUUUGGUCGACACGCAUGGCGGAUUCAAAUUGGAGUAUUAUGCGGAGGGUGAGCUAUCUUUGCGCCUGCUAAUUUUUGAGCUAACAGGGAGGUGCUUCAAGUAUGGCGCUUAUAUUUUCAUGAAAUUUUACAUAAAUUUAACAAACUUAGAUUAAUUUUUUUUAUAAGGCAUUCGCGAAUCUCCUAUAGCGAUACCGAGAUUUUUAGGUCCAAAGUUCAUAAAGAUGUGCCAUGUUUUUGUGAAUCCUAACAAGGAAAGUUUUACAUCUGUUUCUAUCGUAAAGGUCAAUGAUUUUCAACAGCCUUUGCGGCCGAGAAAGUACGCAAAACACGAAGAGCGGCCAUAGAGAAAAAAUUUUUGGUCAUAUUUUUGCCAGGUGUGUUAAAAAAAAUAUUUUUUUGCGGAAAAAUUUCCCUCUAGGCUAGAAAUAGGCAUGAAACUUUUUAUGACAAAAUUCGAAAAAAUUCUCCUAUUUUUGCCAACUUUCCACAUAAAAAUAUCGACCGUUGCUGCAAAGCGUGGACUAGGAGGUUUGGAUUUUUUGUAAAAAAACUUAUCUAUUUUUUUGCCAAGUUCCGUCAAAAUAUGAGCGUCGCACUUUGAGCACUUCCCUUGUAAAUCUACGCUGACAAUAAGUCAUCUGACAGUCAGCACAUCACACUCCCAGCCUUUGAAAAAACCAUUUUCAGGCCCGCCAACCUGCUAUCGAACGUUCGCCUCAUGGAAUGGCUCGUUUUCCUCGCCGAUGCGAGUAGAUCGACCCGGCGUUUACCGGACAUCGCGGCAUUGCGAAUGGACCCUCAAAAACAAGGUCGGAGAGCCUUUGGCAAUCAAAAUCCCAAAGUUUGAGCUAGCUCCAACCGAUCAUUUACUGAUUUUUGAGACCACCGGGACCAGAAGCACCUUAUUCGGAGACUUCACAUCAAAUAAUCGACCGCCUGCGGCGUUUAUUUCGCUACAAGAAGAGGUAAAAUUCAAGUUUCGAACGGCGAAACAUACGAUUGGCGCGGCUGGCUUUGAGGUCAGCUUUGAGCGCCGUUCUCUGGAUGUAACGCUGAAGAUGAAUAGUGGGGUGAUUCAGUCACCCAACUACAACAAAAUGUUUGAUCAUAUCCCCUUCGAACACACUUAUCGGAUCGAAAUCCCAUGCGAUUAUGGCUACGAAUGCCCGGCAACUUUGUUUUUCGACCAUCUGAAUAUCACAAAUCUGGAUGAUGUUACAGUGAGUCUUGUAGGGGUGUUGUAA